AUGUCUUGCAACAACCAAUAUGUCUUUGUCAACGACACCAAUUCAUUGUCAUCAUCAUCUUUUUCAUUGUUCAACCAUGUUGAGCAACAAUCGACUGUCAUCCAAAAUAAAAAUAUUUCUUUGUCUAUGAUGAUGCAGCAAUCAUCCGUUUCUUUAUUAUCUUUUAAUCAUUUCGAACAUCCAAUCAUUCUUAACAAAAACAAAAACAACAAAAACAACUUCGACUACAAUAAUAAUAAUAAUAGCAAUAAUAAUAACGAUAUCCUUUCAUCUAUUUCACAAACCCAAUUUGAUUCAAAUCAUAUUGUUUCUCAAUGUCAUUUACCAUCAAAGCAUACUUUUAUUCCUGAGGAGGAGGACUUCAACAGCUGUCCAAUUUCAAUCUCGUGUUUCAAUGUUAACCAUCAAUCAAAUCUCAUUUUAGAGGAGGAGGAGUCUGUUCAAUUGGACAGAAGCUGCAACAAUACAAUCUCAUUUUCGUAUUUCAACCAAUCAAUUCCCAUUGAUAAUAAUAAUAAUCAAAAUAAUAAUAAUAUUUCAUUCUUCAAUGUCCAUCAAUCAUCGAUUCCAUGUUUUAAAUCUAGUGAUAUUUUAACUCAUUCAUCAACCAACGACCAGAUUCUUUUAGAGGAGGACAGCAAAAGCACACAUUCAUUAACAUGUUUAGACAAUGUUAAACAUCAAUCAAUCCCAAUUAAUAAUCAAUCAAAUAAUAAUAAUAACUAUUUUUCAUUAAUCCAUUCAUCAUCUGAUUAUUUUAACUCUUCAAACACAUCCACAUCAUCAUCAUCAUCAACAUUAUAUUUAUUAUCAAAUACAAUCACAAUCAAUUCAACAAGAUCAAAGACAAACCAAUUUUCAAGAUACUCUAGUACCAACAAUUAUUUUGAUUCUCUCAACUGUUUCGGAACCAACCAUUCAAAUCAUACAACAAUACAACAACAAUCAUCAUCAUCACCAAUCAAUCAUGAUACAAUCCUCACCACAAUCCACAUUCACAAAUCAACUCACAAUCAAUAUUCACAAAUCACUCCACCAUCUUCAAAUAAUAAUAAUAACAACAAAAAUAAUACCAAUGAAUCAGCCUCACUUAUUCACUCAUUGUACAUGUACAUUCCAUUUAAUUCAAGUGAUGUUUCGAGCAAUUGUCAAUCAUCACCAUUACUCUUUAAUCAUUCAACAACCAACCAUUUUCUUUUAGCAGAAGAGGAGGAGUCAUUUCAAUUGAACAACAACAACAACAACAAAAACAACAACAACAACAACAAAAACAACAACAACAACAACAACAACAACAACACAAUCACAUUCUCAUUGUUCAACCAUGUUGAGCAUCAAUCAAUUACUAUUAAUAAUAAUAAUAGUAUUUCUUUCCAUCAAUCAACCAUUUUAUUUUAUCAUUCAAGUGAUACUCAGUGUCAAUCCAAUCAUUCAUUCAUUCCUAACAAUAAUAAUUAUUUAUUUUUUAAUUCAUCCAUGUCAAUUCCUUUUAAUUUUCAAUUACCAUUAAAUCACUCAACAACCAACAACCACAUUCUUUUAUAUGUUCAAUCGAACAGCAACAAAACAACAAAUUCAAUCCCAUGUUUCUAUCAUCAACCAAUCAUUUCCGUCAAUAAUAAUACAAAUACAAAUAAUAAAAUCAACACAAGACCAACAAUUAAUAAUAAUAAUAAUAAUAACAAUAACAAUAACAACACAACAAAUAAUAAAAAUAAUAAUAACAACAACAACAAUUCCUCUUCCAUAGACAAACAACCCCCUCAUUGUUCACCAACCAAUAAUAAUCUUAAUAAUAUUACCAUCUUUGCCAAUCACUUCAAUCCACAAUAA